AUCCUUAAACCUCACACAAAACCUUCAGGCAUUCAGCCUUUCUCCACUCACUCAGUCUAAAGAGGGCAGCGGGGUGGAUGUCUCCUUGUUAAACAGAAGAAUUGGAAAGUACAAAGCAAACAUAGUGAGGGGACAAAAAAAGGGGGUAGCCACAGCUCUGAGAAAAGGACAGUCACUUUGGAAACUUAAAAAGGGGUGUUCGGCUGGGUCGGAAUCUUCUCUCCUCAAUAAUAAGUUUCCUCUCCCACAAUGAAGGGCUUGCUCCCCCUGUGCCUAUGUGUGAUCCUCUGUAAUGCCCUGCCGUUUGAGCAGAAGGGAUUCUGGGACUUCUCCAUGGACGAUGGACUUAAUAUGAUGCAAGAUGAGGGUUCAGGGAUUUUCCCUACACCUGCAGUAGUUCCUCCAGAUCAUGACAUGCCAUCCAUGGAUUUAUGCCCUUUUGGCUGUCACUGCCACUUGCGUGUGGUGCAGUGUUCUGAUUUGGGACUUACAAGUGUGCCCAAAAACAUUCCAAAAGACACAACCCUCCUGGAUCUGCAGAACAACAAAAUCACGGAAAUCAAAAAAGAUGAUUUCAAGGGACUUACCAAAUUAUAUGCCUUGGUUUUAGUAAACAACAAAAUCUCCAAGAUAAAUGAGAAGGCCUUUGAACCACUGCAAAACCUGCACAAGUUGUAUAUCUCUAAAAACAACUUGGAGGAGAUACCUAGGAACCUGCCAAACUCCCUGGUGGAGUUGCGCAUUCACGAAAAUAAGAUCAAGAAGGUUCCUAAGGAUGUCUUCAACGGACUCAAGAAUAUGAACUGCAUUGAAAUGGGAGGUAAUCCUUUGGAAAAUGGAGGCAUCGAGCCUGGAGCGUUUGAUGGCUUGAAGCUAAAUUACCUGCGCAUCUCAGAGGCCAAGCUCUCCGGCAUUCCUAAAGAUCUUCCAAACAGUCUUAAUGAGCUUCACCUGGACAAUAACAAAAUCCAGGCCAUUGAAACGGAGGAUCUUAUUCGAUAUUCCAAUUUAUACAGGCUGGGACUGGGACACAACAAUAUCCGAGUGAUAGAAAAUGGGAGUCUCACCUUCAUGCCAUCUCUAAGGGAACUGCACUUGGACAAUAACAAGCUCUCUAAGGUGCCUCCAGGCCUUCCAGACCUGAAGUUCUUGCAGGUUGUAUACUUACACUCCAACAAUAUUACCCAAGUAGGAGUCAACGACUUUUGCCCAAUAGGCUUUGGGGUGAAACGCAUCAACUACCAUGGAAUAAGCCUCUUUAACAACCCGGUUCCAUACUGGGAGGUGCAGCCAGCCACUUUCCGCUGCGUUACCGACCGUUUGGCCAUUCAAUUCGGAAACUACAGGAAGUAAAAUAGAAGGAGUAUUCUUUCAGGAAUCAAAGAAAGCCACAGAUUGAAUGAGAAAAAGACAGAGAACAGAUGAUCCAACCAAAACCACACACGAUACAAAAUAAAUCAAAUUAUGCAACAAAUCAUGGGCUGUGUGUGUGUAAGACUUUACAAAAA